CAACAACAUGUGUUAAUAAGACUCAGCAGUUGUUUUCUGUUCCUGUAGCUUUAUGGAGAGGAAUACGUCGACUAGAUCCGAAAACAUGCCAUCGGGCGAGAGAGAAGGUGGAACAAAAGGGGCGGACACCAAAUCAUCUCUGCCAUUUGAUUGGAAGAAAAAAGUUAGAUCGGAGUACAUGAGAAUACGACAGCUGAAAAGAUAUAAAGCCGCUGAUGAAAUUAAGGCAUCCUUUUCGGCAAAUCGAAAGUAUAUAAAUGAUAAAUUGGACGACCAUAACAAUUGGUGGAAGGAACAGCCAAUCACAGCUCUACAUUCCGCCGAGACCUUCAGUCCUGUUCCAGUAACAAGAAAGUGUGAUGUAUCCAGUGACACAGAUCCCCCGCAGUCUGCCCCCCUGAGGGUGAUGAACGCCCUUCGCCCCAUCCCUUGUAUGUACAGCUGGGCACAGCUACAGCAGAAUUUCAUGGUUGAAGAUGAAACUGUUCUUCACAAUAUUCCAUAUAUGGGCGAUGACAUCCUCGACAAAGAUGGAAAAUUUAUUGAAGAGCUCCUGAAGAACUAUGAGGGCAAAGUUCAUGGAGAGAGAACUAUGGGAUUUCUCGAUGAGGAAAUCUUUUUCGAACUAGUGACGAAUCUUUGGGCCGAAGCUGAUGCAGGAGUUGAUAAAUCUCUUAUAAAACCCUCUAGCAGCAGUGCGUCCACUUCCAAGGAUGUCAAAGAUGGGGGCGAUGCAGAUGCCAAGAGGACCAGUUUCCCACCCGAUGUCAUAUUUCAGGGAAUAACAGCUGUGUUUCCGGACCGUGGGAAACCAGUGGAGCUGAAGGAAUAUUUCAGGGAUCUCUUAGAAAAGCGUGAUCCUCAAGUUGUUCCCCCUGAAUGUACCCCAAACAUUGAUGGGCCGAAUGCCAAGUCUGUACCAAGAGAACAAACGAUGCAUUCCUUUCACACUUUGUUCUGUCGACGGUGUUACAAAUAUGAUUGCUUUCUACAUCCGUAUCAUCCGACCCCAAGUAUGUUGACUAGGAAAAUGGCGGAUAAGAAACAAGAGUCAGAACCCUGCAGUGCAGAAUGCUACCUCCAUCAGGUGGGCUGUCAUGACAACGACUCUGUUGUGUCUGAAAAAUCUGAUCGCAGCGAGAAGUCUGAGCGCUGUAAGAAUUCCCCGCCAAGAACGGGUGGACGAAAACGAAAACAAGGCUCGGCACCAGGGGGGAUAAACAGUGGCUCUGGAGAGGACAGCGAACGUAGUAACGAUUCCACAGACCCGACCCCAGAGGUAACUUUCCCAACCCGUAAGACUCCGCCCUCCCCAGAGUGGAGCGGUGCGGAGGAAUCCAUGUUCCGGGUCCUUCUUGACAUGUAUCGUAACAACUACUGUGCGAUCGCCAAACUCAUCGGCAGUAAGAACUGUAAACAGGUAUAUGACUUUGCCCUGAAGGAAGCUACCCACAUGCCCGAGCUUAAGGAAGACCGCACCCAAACUCCACCCAGAAAGAAGAAGAAAAAACACAGGCUUUGGUCCAUGCAUUGUAGAAAGAUUCAACUGAAGAAAGACAGUUCGUCCAAUCCUGUGUACAAUUAUCAACCAUGUGACCACCCCGGCCAACGUUGUGACGAGACCUGUCCCUGUAUCAUGGCACAGAACUUCUGCGAGAAAUUCUGCCAGUGUAGUGCCGACUGUCAGAACCGAUUCCCAGGUUGUCGUUGUAAAGCUCAGUGUAACACCAAGCAGUGUCCAUGUUUCCUGGCCGUUAGAGAAUGUGACCCAGAUCUCUGCCAGACUUGUGGAGCAGAUCAGUUUGACACUACCAAAAUAUCUUGUAAAAAUGUCAGCGUUCAGAGGGGACUGAGGAAGCACCUUUUGCUGGCCCCUUCAGAAGUGGCUGGCUGGGGAAUUUUUUUGAAAACUUCAGCAGAAAAGAAUGAGUUUAUAUCAGAAUAUUGCGGGGAGAUAAUAUCCCAGGAUGAGGCUGACAGGCGCGGGAAAGUCUACGACAAGUACAUGUGUAGUUUCCUCUUUAAUUUGAAUAACGAUUUUGUUGUUGACGCCACAAGAAAGGGAAACAAAAUUCGCUUUGCCAACCACUCCGUGAACCCGAACUGUUACGCCAAAGUCAUGAUGGUUAAUGGAGAUCAUCGCAUCGGAAUAUUUGCCAAACGACCAAUCCAAGCUGGGGAAGAGCUAUUUUUUGAUUACAGGUAUGGACCGACAGAGCAGCUGAAAUUUGUGGGCAUUGAGAGAGACGCAGAAGUGGCAUAAUGCCCUCCUUCGUAACAAAACGUCAUGAAUUUCGCCUGAAGAAAUCAUAGUUGCCUGAAGAAAUCAUAGUUGCCUGAAGAAAUCAUAGUUGCCUGAAGAAAUCAUAGUUGCCAUUAUUGUUUUAUGCAGUAAUCAUUUAAAAGAAAUGUUGUCAUUUUCUAAAUUGUCAUUCUAUACAUACACAGGACUUGUUGAAUGCCAGAAAUCCUCCUAAAGAAGUGUUGUCAUUUUAUACAGACCCAGGACUUGUUAAAUGUCAGAAAUUCCCUUUAAGAAAUGUUGUCAUUUUCUAAAUUGUCGUUUUAUUGAGAGUUAGGACUUACUAAAUGUCAGAAAUUACUUCUAAGAAAUGUUGUCAUUUUAUGGAAAACAGAGUUCUUAAUCAAGAACAUGACAUUUAAACUGUGCGUGUGUUUCAUGUUGGAUAGAAUUGGGUAUGAGAGUUGCUCAUUGACUGCGUUAAAAACUGUACCAAGUUACCUCUCUUCGAAUUAAUUUAAAAUGAAACUUUAAAUGUAUUAAUAAGGUUAAAAAAAACAACAUGAAGGUUUGAGCAGCAAUAUUUAUUUAUUUAUUGGAUUUGUGUUUUACGCCGUACUCAAGAAUAUUUCACUUAUACGACAGCUGCCAGCAUUAAGGUGGGAGGAAACUGGGCAGAGCCCGGCGGGAAACCACAACCAUCCGCCAAUUGCUGACAGACCUUCCCACGUACAGCCGGAGAGGAAGUUAGCAUGAGCUGGACUUGAACUCACGGGGACUGUAUUGGUUAGAGGCUUCUAGGCCAUUGCGCCAGACUGGCAUGCUCUGUCACAGAGUCCCCCAAUAGAUCAGCUUUGAAAAUAUGGACAAACUUCUACAACAACAAAAAACUGAAGUUUCAUAGUGACAUUAGUGAUUUAGUUUUAAAUUUUGUUAGCAGAAAAUGAUGGUCUAUCCAUUACCAAAGUACCUGAAAAACAUAUUCACAUAAAACUUCCAACUUUGGUUAUCAGGGCAUAAUCCAUAUAUUUCAGGAAAUGGCUUGUGGGCUGACAAGUGGAAAAUUUUUAAUGAAAACUGCUUAUUUUUGGGGGGAGGGGAUUGUACCAGGACACUGAUUUUUAAGUAUUAAGUGUACUUAACAGUGCACUGUUACUUAAACCUCCACUGCACAUAUUAUCCUGAUUUUAGAGGAGGUAAUUGCAGCAAAUGUUGAAUUUCAUGUUGUACUUGAAAAUCAAUGCAAAUUUGUUAUUUGUGUUAUUUGCAUUGUUUGGUAGUGAAAAGGUUCACUAUAUCCACAUUCUAUCGUAUGGGCCCGGGGAUCAUGACGCGAUCUUAGACUUAAGUCAGAAUUUCUUACGACCAAAAUAUUGCAUGACAACGUAAAUUCUGAGUAAAAUGUUGUUAAAGAAAUUUCAGCUAAUAUAACAGAAAGAAACAUACAAAAUUUUAUGAUAGAAAUUUUGGCUUGCAUCUAAAAUGGCUUCAGGAUCUUGGCAUGGGUAUUUAACAUUAAUGUUCUCAAAAUGAUGUUCCUUAUUUUUGUACAAAAAUUCCGGCCUUAAACUGAAUAUUUCAGGAGUAAGGUGCUUUAAUGUAUAAGUGAAGAAUAAAUGUCUUGU